AUGGAUCCUUCGUUCACUCCAGAUCGUCAGAGCCAACUGAGCGACCUAUCAUCCGUGCGCCGAUCUAGGACUCCAGCGUCGCCGUCGUCGUGGCUUUCCCUGACACAUUACCGCAAAAGCUCGGUGGUUACGCCGGCCACGCAGUACUCGUCGUCCUCCAGCUGCUGGGGCACCGCCUCCGCCGGCGGCGGCCACCGGCAGCACCCAUCACGCACGUCGACGCUCGAUCUCGGUCGCCCUCACCCCCCUGCACAGAAUCUACAGCGGAAGACGUCGAUCUUGUCGUGGUCAUUGUUCCGAUCUAAGUAUAGGCAGCAUGUCGAACGUCAAUCGCCAACCGAUGAAACCCGCAGAGAGGUUGGCUCUGGCUCUCGUUGGUGGCCAUCAUCGGCUGCUUCGGAAGUCGCGAGGAAGAAAAAGUUGAGAAUCAGUCCGCCCAUCCCUCGUCGACCUCCUGAGUCGUUGCACUUCCCCAAGAGAUUGUCUCGUUCGGAUUCCCAACUAGUGCACCACGAACUGUUGAGAGGUUUGUCAAAGGACCAACAACAGCAAUCGAAAUCCCCUACGGUUCUGCUGCCGAAACCGCACGACGACGACGCUCGAUCAUCGCUGCAACUGGCCGAUCUCGAUCCGGACAAGCGAGGUCCAGCGUUUGCGCGAAUCAACCCGGACGGUUGGAGCAAGAUUAUCCCCAAGCAAUGGAUGGAGGACCAGUUCAGCGACAGCGACGGGCCGUCAGACGCUGGCGGCUCAGACGAUGGCCGGAGCGUGUACAGUCAGAGUAACGGCGAGGAAGAAGGCACCAACCGUAAGCUGGUGGUCGACCCGUUCGCGAUCGAGAAUGGAGAAGAACAACAAGAUCAUCCGGUAACUUUGUCGCCUCCGACUGAAGCUGUCGAACGACCCGCUGCAUGUGCUUUUGGUGGUGAAAAGAGCACGAACGCCACGGAAGACUUGUCUACCCGCUACUGGGAUGAAGACUCGCGAGCCGGUCCGGGUUCGGCUUCCUCGGAUCCCGUCCGAUACUGGAUGUCUUCGCUUCGCGAGCUUCCCGAGCCUCGCGUUUCUCCUCGGACUCCUCUUAAGGACACUGAUUACGAAACCGACGCAGACAUUUCCAGUCCUUGCGAGUCUAGACGUUGGAAUAAACGACCUCAUCAUGAAGGCAUCGCUGAUCCGUUAUCAUCUGACCUAGAACCCUCAACUGGCCUUGAGAAUGCAAUAGGCGCUGUGGAUCCAUGGCAUUACCGAGACGUGAAUCAACUGGUGCCGCAGCCCCUGAGACUAUCCCGGCGACGGAGAGGGACAUCGCCUGCUGCCACGGCCUACAACAGCAAUCACAGUGAAAGUAAGCCUCAGAGAGCAGACAGUGGCCAUCUUUGUGUCUUAAACGAACACCCCGAAGCGAAAUCGCUCCAGUCCUCCUGGUCGACCAUCUACUGCGCCGGCGGCACGGGGGUGGAUGGUGAUGAUACUUCCAGUGCAAGUGCCGCCGCGUCAGAGAGACAAGUCGUCGCACACAGACCGUUCACCGAGCCGUUGACGAGACAAUUCAAAGACAAGGCUUUGCCGCCCUUGCCCUCGCCCUGGCCGUCUGGUAGUAGUAGCGAGAGUGUCUGCUCGACCAGAGACGGAUGCGGUCAUCGUCCUAGGAGAGUAAUAUCUCCAAAGGGCCGUCGAACCGGAUGGGAACAAGGGGAGGAAGGAAAGGACAUGGACAAGGACGCAGAAGCACUGGCGGCAGACAUUGACGAGAUCCUCGACAUGUACCUGCCCAUGGAUCCGUUCAGUUCGUCAGCUCCGGCACCGACAUCACAGCCCACAUUUGCCACCACCGCUAGGGAGACCGUCGACGUCAACGGCAAGGGGCAGAAAAACAGAAGCAGGAGCAGAACGAAGCCCACGCAAGACACCUAUACCGAUCCGCCCAAGCGGCCUGUUCGGUCCUUUGCCACGGAUCCAGACCUCGGAGUUGGAGUCGUGAACAGUCAAGCAACCGCGAGGUUUAGCACGCGAGGUUUCGUACCGGUACCGGGACCCGUGCGUCCCUGGGUUUACGACCCGGAGAGAUACCCCGAGCUACGACACGGACGUGGACGGGAAGAGAGGCUCGCGUCGCGCGAAAGACCACCAGACGUAGCAGCACCAGCAGCAGUGACAGGAACAACGUGGAAACGAUCUAAGCCGAUGGCCUCCGUCGACGAGGAUGGACAGAUCUGGAUAUAA